GGACUCGUCCAGGUAGACCAAACAUUCAAAAUGGCGUCUGGUAAAGGCGCAGGUAAACAAUAUCGAGAGAAGGGUGAGGGUUAUAUGUACUGGUUUGCCUUCCUUUGUUCAAUUUGUUCACUAGUUUUAGUCUUCGUUGCUUUCGCCUCCCCCUUUUGGUACAAAUCAUGGAGCCGAGUCCACAGUCCCCUGGCCAAUGUCGGGAUGUGGCACAUUUGUCUGUCGGGAUGGGUGAAGCCCCGGGACCCCAUGAUGAGAUCAUACGUAGGCUGCUGGUGGAUACAUUCCACGUUCUUUGAAGAAGUUUGGGACGACAUCAUGCCAGCCUGGUUCCGAGUUGUACAGACCGUGGUGGUCUUGACCCUGAUAAUAAACAUUGUUGCUGUGGGCAUGCUGUCAUUCUAUCUGGUGGACAGACUCAGGAUCAAAUACUACAACCCAAACCGAUACAGGGCCUUCAUGAUUAACUCGGUCCUCAUGUUCGUGUCAGGUGUUUUUGUGCUGAUUGUGGCUCUGAUGUUCCCGAUGUAUGCCAAAGAUCCGACCUGGAUGCCCCGCCCCUGGCUCAACUACCUGUCCUGGUCCUAUGGAUUCUUUGUCCUGUCCGGAUUCUUUGCUGUAUUCUCUGGAAUCUCACUGUUUUUGAAAUCAACAGAGAUCCAUCACAAGCCAGACAAAGCAACCAUGGAAAUAGAGAAGAAACUCGAGCUUCCCCACCUUCCAACAGGAAUGGCACCACCCAUGAGACCCCCUCAUUAUGAACCUAGCGAGCAAGGUGGUAGGAGUGUGGGGGGUUACAGCGUGGGACAAGCCAGCUUAGGGCAGGCAAGCAUGGGAAAAGCCAGCAUGGGACAGGCAAGCAUGGGCGCGGUCAGUCAAGGGGGUCAGAGCAAGCACUCUGAAUCCUUUGUAUAGUAUAGACCUUGGAGAGCUUCAAAAAUGUCAUUAGUCAGAACAUUCCAGUUCCUUACACAGAUCAUUUGAUGUAAUAAACCAAAGGAACAUCUUAUGCAUCGGUAUUUGCACGAUAUGAAACAUUCUAACAUUAUUCCAACACUUGACUAUUUUUAUUCCUUAUUUGGAAAUUUCAACAAAUUCUGUGUCAUUAUUUUUGCUAUGCAAUGUAAACAUGACCGGUAGAAUAAUAUUUGGGUUAAGGAUCCAAAUUCUUCCUUUUUGGAGAUAUAAUUAUUGUAGUGAUAAUUAAUCUUGUAUAUUGUUAAAGAUAUCUACAAUAUCUUGUGCCAUGUCAUCCAGAGGUUGUACAAAGGAUGCUAAGUUCUUAUAGACUCUCAGCAUUGUGUAUACUCUCUACUCAUGUGUAUAUAGUGGGCAGUGAACAUAACUCAUAUCAGUGCAUUUUUUUAUUCAUUUAAAUUAUCAUUUAUAUUCAUAAUUCAUUAGAAAAUUUUCAUCUUUGUAUAUAAAUCAGAUCAAUUUGUAGAAUAUAUUAAUCACAUAAUUUUUAUAUUAUUGUACAUGCAUUCGUAAUAUAUUUUAUACAUGAAACUGUAAUUUGAAAUAAACAUCUAAAUAUAUAAA